AUAAAAUUUGUAUACAAAUAGGUUAGAAUAGCUUUGGUUUAGAGACAGUUACUAAACAUUAACUAUUUAAGUCCUAACAAAUUGUUUAAUAAUGUCUUCGCAAUGUGCUCAUAAUCUUUGCGAGAAAGAACGUUCAAAGGAUAUUUUAAUUAAUGAACAAUUAAGCUUUACAUCACUUUUACUCUCUGACAAAACUUUAACUGGUCUAACCAAAAGUGGAUUCGAGAAACCAUCACCAAUUCAAGUAAAAGCCAUACCAGUAGGAAGAUGUGGUUUCGAUUUAAUAGUAAAAUCAAAGUCCGGAACUGGAAAAACAGCUGUGUUUGGGAUCAUUGCAUUGGAAAUGCUCAAUUUAUCAAAUAAUGAUAUACAGGUGUUAAUACUUGCACCAACAAGGGAGAUUGCAGCCCAAAUUUGUGAUGUCAUAAAAUCUAUUGGAGCAGAUUAUGAAGGUUUGAAGACUGAAUACUUUAUUGGUGGUUUACCUAUCGAGGAUGAUAUUGAAAAACUGAAAGGAUGCCAUAUAGCCGUUGGAGCACCAGGGCGGAUCAGGCAUUUAAUGGAGUCAGAACAUCUGAAAAUAAAUACAGUUAAGCUCUUGGUCAUGGACGAGGCUGACAAGUUGAUGGAAAGCAGUUUUCAACAUGAUAUUAAUAAAAUAUAUCAUAAGCUACCUCCGCAGAAGCAAAUUAUAGCUUCAAGUGCAACAUACCCAGAUAAACUGAACAAAUUUUUAGCCAAAUAUAUGCAGUCUCCUAGCCACAUCUCGCCAAAUAUAGAUUCUCCUUUACUUUUGGGACUUAAACAUUUUGUAUCGGAAGUUAAAACCCAUCUGAAUAUAAUCAGGCAGUACAAUAUUAAGAACGAGGAAUUGAUAAGGUUGCUUUCGAAGAUUUCUUACACACAAUGUUUGGUCUUCACGAAUUUCCAAAGUCGCGCUGAAAGUAUUAGUAAUACUUUGAAUAGAAGCGGUUGGGGUUCGACGUAUAUAUCCGCUGCUCAAUCGCAAAAUGAAAGGCUGGAAGCUAUACAGAGUUUGAAGGAUAUGAAGUGCCGGAUACUUUUGUCCACGGAUUUAACUGCCAGGGGAAUUGAUGCAAGCAACGUGGAUCUGGUUAUUAAUUACGAUGUACCAAUUGAUGCAAGUACUUAUUUGCAUCGAAUGGGCCGAGCUGGGAGGUAUGGAUCUAGAGGUAUCUGCAUCUCUAUAGCGGGGAAAGGUAAAGAAUUGAUGCAAUUCCAAAAUAUCAUUGGAAUGAUUGGUGGAAAUACCAUGGGAGUCGGUAAAUUACCAAACGAUGAUACGUUUCCUGAUGAUCUUUGGGAAGUUAAACCUGAGAGUUUCGAGCAGAUUUAUGGGAUUGUGGAUGAAAGCUGCGUGGACGAGAGAAGCUUGAGGAUGAAAAACAUUAAAGGAGCUAUAUUAGACAUGAAAAAUAUUGAUGCAAACAGUGACCAACCAGAAUGUAAAGGAGAUGAUGAAAAUACAGACGUUAAUAUGAAGCAAGACGAUUUAAAUGUAGGCGAAAAUGAUGAAGCUACAAAUAUUCUCUUGAAAUUAGCAAAUGGAGAAUCAUCCAGUAGUAUUAAAGAAAUGAUCAUGAAGACAACUAAUAAUACUUCACAAGCUUUAUUAGCGAACGGAGAAAAAAUGGAUUUAAUUAAAAUAUCUGAGGAUAUGGGUUUGGGGCCAACGAAAAUACCCGAGAAUAAAGACUACAUGGAAGGUUUUGAUACAAAUGAUAUAUUGAUGAAAUUGGCGAAUGGUGAGGCGAUUAGCGAUGAUGUAAAUGAAAGUUUCAAGAGGAAAAGAGACGACCAAAGGUACCAGAAAAACGUUUCGUUGAUGAACAUCGCUAAAUGUUUAUACACGUCUGACCUUUACGGUGACAAUCAAGUUGGUGUAUCUACAGUGCAGUCUUAUUUGAACGAUAUGAAAACUGGAAAAACAGAGGGAAACAAGUCUGCAGAUUUCGAAGAUGUUUUUAAAUUUGCUUAUGACUACAAUACAAAGCCAAACGAAAAGCAUUGGCUGGAUGCAAUUGGCGAGGAAUUCGAUGAAAACGAGGUGGUUGAUAAACCGGAAGUCAUCAAUCUGUUGGAUUGCAAUGACGAUGAUGAAGAGUACGAUGACUACGAUUACGAUGAAGAAGAGGAAGCCGAGUAUGAAGAUGAAUACGAGGAAGAGGAUGAAUUUGAAGAGAGUUUAAACAAGAAACCUAAGAACGAGAUUUGCAUUGCCGGUGAUGCUCCUUCGUUGGAUUAUGCUGUAGGUGUCCGAUCUGACAAUGAAUAUGCACAAAAUGAGAAAUUCGUGGCUCAUUUCAAUAACUGCAGCGAUCAAUUGUUAUCGAAUUUCGGGAAGUUUGAUUCAGCUGAAAAUUUCCACACUGCCUUCGCUCAGUGGCAACAACAGAUCAACGGGGUUCGUGACUACGUCCAACAGAACAUCUAUCUUCAAGAGAUGAACAACUACCAGUAUUACAAAUAUAACAUGUAA